GUUCGUGGACCGUUAGUGUCGUUCGCACCUGGGCGGUUUCGGUGCUUCUGACGUGAUGAACCCAGGAGGUCACAGGUUCCAGCUCCGCCCUCCGCGUUUCCUGGGUCGUGCGGCUCGCGUCCAGCUCAGUCUCCGUCCGACCUGCAGACAUGCUGGACGCGGCGCUGGACGCGGCGCUGGGCCUCGGCGCGGUGACGGUGCUGGGCGUCCUGGAGCAAGCCUACUUCUCCCUCCAGGUGAUUUACGCCAGGAGGAAGUUCUCGGUGUCUCCGCCGGCCACGACCGGACCCCCGGAGUUCGAGCGCGUCUUCAGAGCACAAGCAAACUGUUCCGAGUACUUUCCCAUCUUCAUGGCAGCGCUGUGGACGUCUGGACUGUUCCUCAGCCAAGGUCUGUCCUCGGUGUGUGGGCUGCUCUACCUGUACGGACGCUUCCGCUACUUCUGUGGAUACUCGCAGUCGUCUCAGGGACGUCUGGCUCCGCUGUACUUCAGCGCUCAGGUUCUUUGGGUUCUCAUCGGGUUCUCCUCUCUUGGCAUCUUCCUCUCGUUCUGCCGUAUUUACCUGGGAGUAGAUCUGCCGCAGAAGCUGCUCUCCACCCUCGACCUCGUCUGAAGAGGAGCAAAAUUAUCUGGAGAGGUCAAACGGUGAUGGGGCAUUUUUAUUGGUGAUGAUGAAAUAUUUCUAUUUGUUUUCAGUUCUCAUUUAAAUCAGUUUCAGGUCUGGUCAGAAAUGUUUUCAGUAUCUUAAUAAAACGAGUGUCGGGUCAUUUUAUUAUCAGCUGCAAAACCAGUUUUAUGUGUUUUAUAAGUUUUGAUUUGAUUUUCUGUCGAGGUUUGGUCAGCAGGCGGCGCCCUACGAUAAGGUUUCAGCCUGAAAGUUAAAUGGAACCGAAGGUCUCAAAUACUUGAAAACAUUUAGAGCUCUUGUUCCUGGAGGAGGAACUUCGUGUUGUGUCAGUAGAACCCCGUUCUGUGGCCAUUACGGCUCCAGGAUCCAGCCACAGCUCAGUGCCUGAUGAUGUCCACAGUCUUUGUGUCGUUAAUGCCUCCGUUAAUCUGUGAUGAUUAAACCACAGUGGUCUGAAAUAAAACUGCUUCACUCUGA